AGUAGUGAGGCCACACGCAGCACCAGCAUCGCCAUGGGGGAUACCUUCAUCCGCCACAUCGCCCUCCUGGGCUUCGAGAAGCGCUUUGUCCCCAGCCAGCACUAUGUGUACAUGUUCCUAGUGAAGUGGCAGGACCUGUCUGAGAAGGUGGUCUACCGGCGGUUCACCGAGAUCUAUGAGUUCCACAAAACCUUAAAGGAAAUGUUUCCUAUUGAGGCUGGGGACAUCAACCCAGAGAACAGGAUCAUUCCCCACCUGCCAGCACCACGGUGGUUUGAUGGGCAGCGGGUAGCCGAGAGCCGCCAGGGCACACUCACUGAAUACUACAACGCACUCAUGGGCCUGCCUGUUAAGAUCUCCCGCUGCCCACAACUCCUGGACUUCUUCAAGGUGCGCCCCGACGACCUCAAGCUCCCCACGGACAGCCAGGUGAAAAAGCCAGAGACAUACCUGGUGCCUAAAGAUGGCAAGAGUAAUGUUGCAGACAUCACAGGCCCCAUCAUCCUGCAAACCUAUCGGGCCAUCGCUGACUAUGAGAAGAGCUCAGGCUCUGAGAUGGCUCUGGCCAUGGGUGACGUGGUGGACGUCGUGGAGAAGAGCGAGAGUGGUUGGUGGUUCUGCCAAAUGAAGACAAAGCGUGGCUGGGUCCCGGCAUCCUACUUGGAGCCUUUGGACAGUCCUGACGAGGCAGAGGACCCAGAACCCAACUAUGCAGGAGAGCCCUACGUCACCGUCAGAGCCUACGCUGCUGUAAUGGACGAUGAAGUAUCCCUGCAGGAGGGAGAAACCAUAGAGGUCAUUCACAAGCUCCUGGACGGCUGGUGGGUCAUCAGGAAAGAAGAUGUCACCGGCUACUUUCCAUCUAUGUACCUACAGAAGGCAGGGCAGGACAUAACCCAGGCUCAAUGCCAGAUCAAGAAGCGAGGGGCGCCGCCCCGCAGGUCGUCCAUCCGCAACGCGCACAGCAUCCACCAGCGAUCGCGGAAGCGCCUCAGCCAGGACGCCUAUCGGCGCAACAGCGUCCGCUAUUUGCAACAGCGCCGCCGUCAAGCGCGGCUCGGGCCGCAGAACGCAGGGAGCCCGCGGAGUGAGUGUCCAACGGAGCCUGGGGGCGGGGCGGGGCCUGGGGUAGAGGAGCAGCCGCAGACCGAGCGCCCGAAGCCGCAGCCGGCGGUUCCCCCGCGGCCCAGCGCCGACCUCAUCCUGCACCGCUGCAGCGAAAGCACCAAGCGGAAGCUGGCGUCAGCUGUCUGAUCCGGGACACCGCCCCCAGAUGGCGCCUUGGCUCUUCCGCCCCCUCCCGCCAGAAUCCCUGUCUAUGUGUAUAGAGCCCCCGCCUCUACAUCACCUAGCUUUCGUCCACACUCAGUAAACGUUGCUUGGAAUGGACAGAGGCUUUGCAGAGACGCUGGGGGUGCUGAGCCCCGCCCUUAGGUGUAUUUCUAGAAUUAGGACUGAUUGCUGUGAGCUCUUCUGGGGAGAAGUUGCAAUGGCUGAGGUCAGGUUGCAUACUGCCCUGUCCUUGGUCAAAUUUGCACAAGAUCAAAUUUGCACAAGGCCAGUUGCAAGAUGAACUACCGGCCCCCGCUGGCCAUUUGGACAGAAACUGCCUGUUUGAACUCUGGCCCCACAGCAGAACAGGGUGGACACAGUGCAUGGUCAGGGGGGUAAGCACGGUGCGUGACCUUGUGUAGGAGGCUGUGCCAGAAAGCAAAUAUUCAAUGAUGAACAGAUCCUCACUACUUACUCUAGUAUGACUGUCAGCCCAUGGCCUCAAAGGCUUUGCUGGUGAGUCUUUCCUAAAAUGCAAAGACAGUAAGGUGCAAACUGGAGCUGUGAAUAUUGCAAAAGAUGCAGCUUGUCACAAAGGCCAUGGGUGGCAUGGACAGCUGCUUCUGGCUAGGCAAAGCUGGUUUCCUUAGAGAUGAGAGAAAAUCUGCAAGGGGACAGAUGCUUCUCAAGAGAAUAAUUGGCCAUCAAACGAUUCAGAGAGACCUUGAGAAAACCACUUGGGCCCCUAACUUUUUGCUUUUUGCAGAUCCGUUUGCUAAAGUCUGGCAUCAAGGACUGUCAUAGGAAGCUGUGAAAAAAUUAACCACAGGCAACCCCAACCUCUUUGCUUGUUCAGUUGCAGUUGUAACUUAAAUAAUUAAAUACGGCAUAG